UUUACCACGGUUAUAGCCGGACGUGCGUCGCUGCCACUCUCACACUCCCUCUCUCACACAUCUCGCCUCCCCUACCUUACACCAGCCCACGUGACCCCACUUGCCACCUGGAUAAGGGAAGCUGUGUUGACCACUUGGUGGAGUGUGAUAAGACUACUUGAUGGUAGCGUCUGGGGAUAGUUUACUAUUGGCUGGUGGCGAUGGGUGUGUGGCCGGUGGCUGAUAGUAUAUGUUAGCGUGGUGAUGUGUUGUAGUAUGGCGUGGUGUGUAGUGGGUGGCGGGGCAGUAUAGUGCAGUAGUGAGCCAUGUGUGUUGGCUCAGUCUUCUAACUCCCAACUUAGGCCAAGUCACUCCCGCGCCGCCCGAAGCAACAGUUGCCAGCGGACCAGUUAACUGGUGACAGGAGGGACUGCUGUUGCUCCUGCAGGAGCAGCUUCAGCAGUCAUCUGGCUCAGGAAGACGUCACCACCACGACCCAAUGUGUGGUGCUGGAGACUCCUCCAUGUGUCGUCGCGUCCUGCUGACUCUCACAGGUCGGAGCACGAAUAAAUGGCGACCAGAGGGCAUGAUGAGCUCUCAGGACAAGUGCCGGCUCUUCUCAGAACCCAAUCAGGAAGCAAUGGAGUUCUACAGCCCACUCUACCCCAACCAGUACCCUAACGACACCGAGUGUAUCCUCAGACUCGAAGCCAAGUAUGACCACGUGAUCCGUAUAGAUUUCCGGGACUACUUCGAAAUGGAGCCCUCUUCACAUCCGUGCGAGUUCGACUACCUGGAGGUCCGAGACGGCGCCCACGGCUACUCUGACCUGAUAGACAAGUACUGCGGCUCCAAGUUCCCGCCCAUCAUCACCUCCAAGGACAGACACCUGUGGCUGAGGUUCAAGUCAGACGAGACCAUAGAGUACAAGGGCUUCAGGGCCGUCUACCAGUUUAUCAAAAAUAAAGCGCUGGACCGGCCGGAGAGUGAUCGUUGUCAGAUCCCGGUGACUGGCGUGCAGGGCAAGAUCUCCCAGGCUGACAUACCCUUCUCCACCCUCAACUACUCCAACGUGUACAACUACCCCGUCGACUGCACCUGGGUCAUCACAGUAAAGCCCACAGAGAAGAUCUAUAUGUUCUUUGAGUCGUUCGAGCUGUACGAGCCCAACGAGUGCGACGUAAACUACGUAGACAUCUUUGGUAUGGAGACGGACCUGACGAACCGGAUCAAGCACUACUGUGGCUCCGUGGCCGACCCUUUCGUCACCAACGGUAACAUCAUGCACUUCCGCUUCUUCGCUGUCACGAAAGCUCUCAAGUCCAAGUUCAGUGCCUGGUUCACCGCGUUCAGAGACCAGAUACCGGCGGAGGGUGCUGCUGGUGACGAGAGCCAGCAGUGUACGGACAAGGAGUACGACUGUGACGACGCCACCUGCAUCCACGAGUCCCUCAGGUGUAAUGGCAUCAAGAACUGUCGCCACGAGUAUGAUGAGGAGGGCUGCAACUCACUGAAGAAGCUAAAGUUCGACAUCCGGUCUGAACACAUAAUCAUCAUCCUGACGCUUGGGUGUGGCCUGCUGGGUGGUAUGUGCUUCGCUAUGUGCUUCAACUGCAUUAGAAAACUCAUCAGAGAUGGCAGGCAGAUACAUGAAAAUAUUCGUCGAUCCCGGGAACAACUGGAGGAACGAAGUCAGAGGAGCCAGAGCAUGUCUCUCACAGCAUCACCUCAGGCAGUUCAUCGACCCACAAUGAAUGAAAGUGGUCCUUGGUACAUUUCUGAUGCUAAAACCAAUGGCCAUCCCUGCAUUAGACCAGAAUCUGAAUCCGAGAGUGAAGGUGAUGAGGAUGAGGAUGAAGAGGAAAUUGAUGACAUGGAGGAAUCUUGUGUAGAAAUGCGUGAUUGCGAAUGUCAAACAAGGGACUCACUACUCACUCAGAGAGAUUCAAGUCAGACUCAACUGCCCAUGACACCUCCCCCACCACCACCACCAAAUAGACGUCCACCUGGCCUUCCACCACUAAGUCCUGGCCCCCCUCCUUCAGUGCCCACACCACCACCUCCCCCUGGUUCCCAUUAUGGCCGUACUCAAGCAGGACCAUCGGGUCCACCAUCGGAUCACUAUGUCACUUAUGGAAGAUCACCGAAACCACGACACAAUGAUCCCUAUGAAGUAGACGACCAGUCGGAUGACCCUUAUGCUCAAAGAUACCGUGCUGAGGCUGUUAUUGAGAUGAGGGAGCGAGGACCUUAUGAACCUACCAAAUCACCUAAAACAACACCUGAUGUUCUAGCUACACAUUGAAAUUACAAACUUGUUAGGUCUUGUCAUAAAAUUAUUACAUCUCCAAUAGGAGAUGUGCUGUACAUGACUCAGUUGUUAAGAGUUUACCUGUACCUACUGUGCCCUCUUGAUAUAUAUUACUCAAGAUGAGCAGACUUAUGGUAAUUAAAAGUUACUGUAAGACAAUUUAAGAUAGGUAGUCAACAAGCCUUUCUUAAUGUGGACCUUAUGGUUCCAUGUUAUCGCCUUUCCGUUUCCCUUGUGUCUUUGACAGCUAUUGACGUGGUAGUCAGUGGCAGAAAAAGCCUCAGCCCUUGGCUCUUAAAAUAAAGCAAAAAAUUAUCCUCAUCAGAGAAUGAUAUAUCUGGUGUGAAUACAGUAAUUUCCUGCAUUAUACCUCAUUUUGUAUAUAAUUUAUAUAUUUGUUUUACCGACACACACAAAUGUACCUUUAAGUUUGAAAAUGCCCCUGUAUUAUUUUCAGGAAAACUACACAUUUCACAAAUGGUUUUUGUGGCCACGUUCAGGUGCCAACAAUGCCAUACUAAGUCAGGUGUUUUGGAGACUCAAAUGGUUUAAGAAACAAUGUUCUUGUUAACAUUUACAGUUUUCGUAAUUUGAAAAUUAUUUAUUUUACAGUACUAGAGAAAAUAUAGUAGUAUUGAAUUAAUAUGUUAAACAUAGGUGUAUUUUUUUAUACUUUGAUUCUGCUGCCAACUAUAAUGUCAAAAAUCUUUAGACAAUUGUUUGGGAAUCAUGAUAACCAAGAACUAAUUUCUGAAGCCUGGAUAUGAAAACUGUGCCAGGCAUUUAUGAAUUAUAUAUAUAUUGUUUUUAAACUUGUAAAAGGUUUAAAACUAAGGAACUAUUUUAUACUUUUAAGAUACCAUGUUGAUUUUGUUUGAAAUAUGAGAAUGAUAGCCGAAUUUAAUGCAAUAAAUAGUAUUUGAAAACUUGCAUUUAUAAUGACUAUAUGUGCAUAUCGAUUUACAUUUGUAAAUACUUUAAGAUUAUAAUUAUAUUAGCAUUUUUUCCAUAAAGACAAUCAAUGUAGGUGUUGGAAAAUGUACCAGGGUCGUGGUGUAAGACAUUUUAUACUGCCUUUUUUAUCAAAAUGAUUUGAGUUUAAGUCUAGGCAUAUAUUAUUAAUUAUUGUGACUAAUAAGGAUGUGAUAACACAUCAUAUGCAAGGGAUUAGAAACAAUUCAGUCUAUCAAUUCUUGAUUUUGCUAGCACUGUACAAGUUCUUGAGUAAUCUCAACAUUUAUAGCCAUUUUAAUUGAAAAAUUAAUUUGAAUAAUGGUUUAAUGUACCAUGCAUUAGGUAGCAAAUUAUUAAUAAUUUGACUAAAUAAAUAUGUACUGUAGCUUACAUGGUCUCUAUUUUCCGAGAGCGUGUAACCAGGCAAUCCCCAACUUACAAGCUCAGAACCAGAUUUUCCAUUAUCACACUGCAGUGUAAAUGGAGUACCGUAAAUAGUUGGUUAAGUUCUUGUUAAUUUGUCAUUAUAAAUGUUGUCCGUAAGUAGUAGUACAGUGUAUGGUUUCAACCUUCAUUAAAAUUACAGUAUAUAUUUUCAUUGCACAUUAAAUAAUAGUAUAUGCCUGGACCGUUUUUAAGAAUACACUGGUGCUUGUACAAAAGGUAGGUAGGAAGUCUUCCACUAGAUUUUGUCGGGUGUGAUUAAUUGAAAUAAUUAUUCACAGCCUUUUUCUUGUCUCUUCAAGCUGUAUGAGCAGCAGAAGGUUUUUGUAUUCCCCCUCUUAUUUUUUAAGAGGUUUAUUUUAUAUUUGAUCAAGAAAUGCAUCUCCCUACUUCCUUUGUUCACGGGAAGAGAGCCCAUCUAAUAGUAGUUUUUGGAAGACUAAUUAUUUAGUUUUGAAGAAAAAUGAAUCCAGCUACCUUAAUGAAAGCCAUUUAAACAUUUGUAUAGAUUUUUUUUUUAAAUGUAGGAAGUACAAUACAGUAUUGUAUUAUACUCAAAGUUGGUUAUAGUGUUUGUUUCCUGGCAUGCACUUUACAAGUUAUAAUUAUAUUGUAUAGUAGUUUGCCUUGUUUUAGGGCUGAACAUUAUGUAAAUGCCUCUUUUUUUUCAGGUAAAUUGACAAAGCCCUUAUAUGAAUGUUGUAUCAUUCUAAUGUUUUAAUGUAAAUUAAUUAGUGUCUCUGAAAAUCAAAAUUUUUGUGCAAGUGAGCAAUCAAAAAAUGAUACAGAUAUGCUAUAGUUUGUCAGACCCAGUGGGAACAGAUGUUCAAGACAAAGAGGAAGACACAAUAGCGGAUAAUUCAAAUAAAAUUAUAUUGUUAA